AUGCACCACGUCCACAACUUUCUGGCCUCGCUCGCCGUUCCGACCUGGGCCGCCACGCCCCAGCGACGUCGCCGACGGCGCACCAACACGGCCGAUGGCGAGGUCGGCAACCACAAGACAACGCUGAAGUCGACGAAGAGGAAAGUGGCCGACGAUGGUGAUGACGAGGCGCACCCCGACACGACCGCAACUACGCCUUCGUCUACAACGGGACAACCACGCAAACACCGCAGAGUUCAGCGAGACGAGACACAAACGUCACAAAACAAGGCGGCGGCGACCACGGCCAAGGGCCGGCGACGACGAAGUGCCACGACUUCGACGGCUACUACCACGGUGAGCAAGCGAGGGUCGCAGGCAACGUCGAUCGCGUUCCUCCUCAACGACGCGAGCACGGAUUGCGCUCUGGACGACAGCACAUUCGUCUUCGACUACGCAGCAUCGCCAUCGUCGUCGCAAGCCUCCUCGCCCACGCCGUCUCCGAUUGAGCCCGCAGCGCCUUCGCAACCGAGCCCACCCAUCCGUUCCGCACUGCACACGGCUCCUCCUGGUGGAUUCCCCUUCCCGUGCCACUUCGUCCUCGGCUGA